AUUCUCAUAGAUGCCUUCCCUGUUCCCGCAGCUUGACAUACCAAAGAUGUCGAAUAUUGGAGUAGUGUCCUCCUGCUCCUGCAUCCAUCCUCUUGUGCACCUGCUUCGGCCAAGCAUACAGAAAAAGGGACUGCACACUGCGGCCAGGCUUGCAGCGAAGGAUUACUAUGAAGUGCUUGUACUGGGAGGCGGCACUGGAGGAAUCACCAUGAGUGCUCGGAUGAAAAGGAAAGUGGGAGCUGGAAACGUGGCUGUGAUUGAGCCAAGUGAGACUCAUUAUUAUCAACCUAUCUGGACUCUUGUUGGUGCGGGCGCAAAAAAAUUAGCAACUUCAGCACGUCCAACAGCACGUGUGAUUCCCAGCGGUGUUGAGUGGAUCAAAUCCAGAGUUCAAGAGUUGAAUCCUGACAAGAGCUGUGUCUAUCUGGAGAAUGACAAAAAGAUCUCUUACAAGUAUUUGAUAAUUGCCCUUGGGAUCAGUCUGCAUUAUGAAAAGAUUAAAGGGUUGCCUGAGGGUUUUAAUCAUCCUCAUAUUGGUUCCAAUUAUUCAGUUCACACAGUUGAGAAGACAUGGAGAGCUCUGCAAGACUUCAAGGAAGGAAAUGCUGUCUUUACUUUUCCAAAUACUCCCGUAAAAUGUGCAGGGGCUCCUCAGAAAAUUAUGUACUUAACAGAGGCCUAUUUGAGAAAAACUGGAAAACGAUCCACAGCCAACAUUAUCUUCAAUACUGCGCUUGGAGGGAUUUUUGGGGUUCAGAAGUAUGCCGAGGCACUGCUAGAAAUAAUUAAGGCAAGGGAUAUCAAUGUAAACUACAAACACAACCUUGUUGAGGUCCGAGCUGACGUACAGGAAGCUGUAUUUGAGAAUUUGGACAAACCUGGAGUGACUGAAGUCUAUAAGUAUGACAUGCUUCAUGUCACGCCACCUAUGGGACCACCUGCUGUGCUCCUGAACAGUCCUGUAUCAGAUGCAGCUGGCUGGGUAGAUGUAGACAAGGAAACUCUGCAACAUAAGAAAUACCAUAAUGUGUUUGGUAUUGGAGACUGCACCAAUCUUCCAACAUCGAAAACAGCUGCAGCUAUAGCUGCCCAAUCUGGCGUGCUUGAUAAAACAAUUUCUUUGGUAAUGAAGAACAAAUCGCCAACUAAAAAGUACGAUGGAUACACAUCCUGUCCACUCGUAACAGGCUACAACAGAGUGAUUCUAGCAGAAUUUGACUACAAUGCUCAGCCUCUGGAAACAUUCCCCAUUGACCAAAGUAAAGAGAGACUGACCAUGUACUAUAUGAAAGCUGAUAUGAUGCCUUUUCUUUACUGGAAUGGACUACUAAAGGGCUACUGGGGAGGACCAGGUCCUAUAAGGAAGCUGCUGCAUCUAGGUUUGAAAUAACUUGGAUACCAGCCAGAACUACAUCAUCAUCAGGACUGAUCGCUUUGCACCUCCCUCCCACCCCCUUCACUGAACAAUAUCUUUACCAGUAGAUAUUUCUGGUUAUUUGGCUGCUUUGUCACAAGCCAGACUUUUCUUCUAAUCAGGACUAGGCCUUUUAUUCAAAAACAUCUGUCACUGUUGGUGUGAGAAACUAGGAUGGGACUGAUUGCAGUCACUCUCUUCUUAUCAUGGGUACUAAGUACUACUGCAGUCUUGCUUAACCCAAAGAGGCAGGAGUUUGAACCAAAACUUGAAUCUUUGUUUUUUAAUAAACUCCUAGUAUUCCUAAAGCUUACUACAGCCAACUUGAUGCUCAAGUUCAGCAUGCAAAGGAAGCCACAAGUCUACAUAACUUGCCCUCUGAAUGUAAGCAAAAUCCAUAUUACUGCAAAGCAUAUGUUAGCCUGCUUAUCUGAUGAACAGUGACAAUGUAGCUUCAUCAUGACUAAAGUUUAAAUUUAUGUAACAUGGAAUAAACUAUUUUCAGCUAAAUGGCCCU